AUGAACGAUAUUCGGGAAAAGCCCUCCUUUGCUAGAGGAAGACGAUCAGAAGAUCGAAAAGACAUCUUCAACCGUUCUUCCUGGGAUGAACGAGCGGUUCAUGGAAGUGCGCACGGUACCCUUGCUGUUCCCGACAGGAAUGCUCAUUUCUUCCGUGCGGAGCCCAAUCACCCUGGAGAAGCAAUUGUCGUUCGCAAUGCCGCAGCUCAUAACUACGAUAAUGGCGUUCCUUCACCAGAUACCUCCCCUAGGGUACUACCGGUAGUACAGGAUGGACCACAAAAUCCUACGUCUUCCAUCUGGACUCCUUCAUCAACAAAAGAUACGACCAUACAUUAUGAAAUGGACAUUGUUGAGGACGUAGGAAUUCUAUUAGAAGAGUUCUCACGACUAAAAAGACUAGGCCAUUUCCAGGAGGCGGAACAAUACUUCCAAGAUUCUUUAUGUGCUUUUAUGGAAUUAUCGCCAGUUACGAUUGAGUUCGCAGACAUGCUAGUCGAACAAGGCUCCUACGAGCGUCUACAUCGCGUUCUGUCGCAGCAUCAACAGCAGGAGCUGAAUAUCUCUGACGGUAUCUCAAGCCUCCAGGAGGGUAGCCCUGCCAAGUAUCUGUACCAAGCGAACUUGCAACUCGUACAGGGUUUUGCGGCCAUGCAGUCCCACGGAUCUAUGGACGAGGCAUAUGGAAAGGUCCGAUCCUUGGAGCGCCAAAUGCGUUUCCUAAGGCGACGAAGGAGGAACGACCCGACACUUGACCUGGACUCGGCUGAAGUGCAAGUUAUCCGUUAUGCUCUCUUGAUUCUAUCGCAAGUUGAGCGAGAAACCGAUCUGAUCCUAGAACAUGAAUUCGAUUGCUGGUCUAAUUGGCACUAUUUGUACAGAUCUCUGGUGACUGAGGGCCGAGUAUGGGAUGUGCGAGACCUAAUGCUAGCUUCUAUCCAAGCGGAAGGUGCAGCAAAUGCUUGGAACUUGAUAUUCGGAACAGAACUUGGUUCUUUCAAUGAGCCGUUCCGCAAGCUGAUGGACGACUGGUGUUUGCAUCGGUAUGAUGAGUCAACAUAUCUCGCCAUUCUGGAUAUUCUAGUAUCUCUGAGUCGCAGUUUGUCUUCAUGGUCUAUCUCGAUACCAGAAAGACAGGACCUGCUCACUGCUCAACGAUGCCUCCAAUAUGCGCAAGCCCUUGCAACAUGCCUCAAAGAGAACAACCCGCAGCUGGUCAAAUCUCGUCCAUACCUUCAGUGGGUUAUUGCUGAAGCGGAAUUGGAGCGGAAGCUUCUACUCAAUACCACAGAUCUGCGAGGCCAUCUUGACAAAUUUCCAGGCCUGACAAUAUGGAGGGAUUCUAUUCCCAUCUAUCUCCCAAUAAAGACGGAGAACCCAAAGUGGAAGGCACACCUAGACGGGGGACGGAACUAUGAUCUUCUUGUAACCGUUCUUCAGACAGCACAGGACCUGAAUGACUACAGAACUGAGGUUUUAUGCUUGGGUGAGCUAAUCUAUCGCUCGGUAAACACUAGCGAAAGGUUAACUCGGCUUUCCAGUCUCCAGAAGUCCAUCCAGGGGGAUGUUCUCGGCUAUCAGCAGACUUUCCUGUCAUGUUUUCUUCUUGCUCACACCACACAAGACUACAGGCGUCUUCUAGAUGGCCUGAGAAAUAUUCGGGAAUCGAAACGAUCCCUGAAAUUUGUCUAUUCUCUGAGCGACUGGUGUGCAAUCGUCAUCGAACGGGCUAUUGCACAUUGUCUAGCUGAGGAUACAUCGCGUUCGGAAGAAGCUUUCCAAGACACUAACGAGGGAUUCUCUACCUACCUCCCGCAGUACAUAAAAGAUCGGUUGGAGGGGCUCGGCCUGGAUAAGGUCUACCUUGCGCCCCCAAGGACUGGAAAGCCUCACAUUCCUGAAAUACGACAACGCAGUAGGACAGAUGUUCCUACACCAAAUCAGGAUACUCGACCCCACAAUCCAUUUGAGAGCUCGAGUGACGAAGAACAUGGGCAAUCCAAGUCACUAUCACCUCUGCAACGACCAGAGCGCACGUACACAGGAUCUGGGGAAAGCGAUGGUGAUGACGACGAGUAUACCACCGACAGCAGCUUCGACACAGCUAAAUCAGAUGAUGGUUGGAUGGAUGAUGAGCAGGGCCAUUCGACAUCGCUCGUUCAUAGGACUCAACAAUUUAGACCAAUUUCCAGAAGUGCGACUGGUGAAGACGUCAGUAGUAGCAUAUAUGAGGAAUGAGUGUGGG